CUACUGUUGAAUGCAAAAUGAAUCCCGGAGAAUACUGGUUACAGCCAAGUAAAGCAUCUCAUCAAAAUUACCAGCGUCGACUGGAAUGUUAUGCAAAAUAUUUCAUGAAAGUUGGAGAUGAAGUGAAAAGGGGUUUAAGUUGGCCUCUAGGCACAUAUGACUCGUACGACGGAAACGGACAGAAGUCAGGAAAAAUCACGCGAAUCAACCAAACACGAAGUGGCACUACAGUUACCGUAAAUUUUGGACCACCAGACAACCAAACAAUAGAAUGCCCAAUGAAUACUGGAAACUACUACUUGUUGCCCCUUCAACAUUCAUUUCCUUUGAUUGAUUGGGUUGAGUUUUAAAUGUCACAGAGUUUAACUACAGCACAUAUACAUUUUGAAAGGAGUAAGUUUUAAAACUAUAUUUUAAGUCGCUUUUGUCUAUACUAAAAAUAAAUACAUGUCAUAGUGAGUAUUCUUUAAAAUUAUACUUUUAAAAUUGUUGCCCCUAACUUGACUCUCAUGUUCGUUUAGAGAUUAAAUAAGGAAUGUUCAGUUUUUACCGUCUUACUUAAAACUUAAUUCCCAUAAAACUUCUA